GAUCUAAUUAAUCAAAAAGCCAAGCUCUUGUCUUGUUAUAUUAACACUCAUCAUUCAAUCCACACACAGGAUAUUUCAAACUCUCCCUUCCUUCUUCCUUUCGCUACUCUUUUCUUAGACCGUUCUUGUGGAAAUCGCUUGCAAAUAACAUAUUAUCUCCCACAACCCCUUCUGUUCAGUCUAUAUUAGCUCGAUCAUCGAGGAUGGAUAAUAUAAUGCAAUCGUGUAUGCCACCGGGGUUUCGAUUUCAUCCGACAGAGGAAGAGCUCGUGGGCUAUUACUUAGAUAGGAAGAUCAAUUCAAUGAAGAGUGCUUUAGAUGUCAUUGUAGAGAUUGAUCUCUACAAAAUGGAGCCGUGGGAUAUACAAGCGAGGUGCAAACUUGGGUACGAAGAGCAAAACGAGUGGUACUUCUUUAGCCACAAAGAUAGGAAGUACCCAACCGGGACUAGGACCAACAGAGCCACUGCGGCCGGGUUCUGGAAAGCCACCGGUAGAGACAAGGCGGUGCUUUCAAAGAACAGUGUCAUAGGAAUGCGAAAGACACUUGUCUACUACAAGGGUCGAGCUCCCAAUGGAAGAAAAUCUGACUGGAUCAUGCAUGAGUACCGCCUCCAAAACUCCGAGCUUGCCCCGGUUCAGGAGGAAGGUUGGGUGGUGUGUCGAGCAUUCAGGAAGCCAAUUCCGAACCAGAGGCCAUUAGGGUACGAGCCAUGGCAGAACCAGCACUACCACGUCGAUAGUAGUAACAACUACUCAUCUUCAUCGACAAUGAACACGAGUCAUCAUAUUGGUGCAUCUUCAUCGAGCCAUAACCUUAACCAAAUGAUCAUGAGCAAUAAUAACUUCAAUACUAAUAACGUAUCCUCAUCGAUGCAUCAAUAUGGCAACAUCGAGCUACCGCAGCUCGACAGCCCAAGCUUGUCGCCGAGUUUAGGGACGAAUAAAGAUCAGAACGAGAGUUUCGAGCAAGAAGAAGAGAAGAGCUUCAACUGUGUGGAUUGGAGAACACUAGAUAGCUUGCUUGAGACACAAGCCAUACAUCCACAAAACCCUAAUGUUCUAAUGUCUCCUUUCGAAACGCAGUCGUAUCAUCCGGCGCCGAGUUUCCCUUCCAUGCAUCAAAACUAUAACGAGGUCGAAGCUAAUAUUCAUCAUUCUCUUGGAUGCUUCCCUGACUCAUAAAUUCAAAGGAGAAUCUUCUAUAUUGAUUUGUAUUCUAUGAUUUAAUUGUUCCAUCUGGGAAAAUAACAUUUUAUAACUGUCUAUUUGUAAAACAAGUGUGUGUUUAAUACGUACGUAGAAAUUUCUUGGUAA